AUGGGAAAUUUGCUACGAAUUAGCUACGGCACAUCGCGCGAACAGAAGGGGAGCGGAGAUGGCGCUGGCGCAAGCGCCCCCGCCCAGCAUCACCACAACCUCCCUCGCGAUUUCGGCGAUCGAUUGGACCUCAAGAACCAGAACCUCACGGAUCUGCCGAAGGACUUCAUAAUCGAGGAAUUGACAUGGCUCAGUCUCAAUCACAACGCCAUAGAAUCGCUCCCACCCGAGAUCGCCAACCUCACCCGCCUCACCAUCUUUCGGCUCUUUGGUAACAAGCUCAAGUCCCUUCCACCGGAAAUCGGCGCCCUCGCCCACCUCACCACUCUCGAUCUCGGCAAGAACCUCCUCUCCUCUCUUCCACCCCAAAUCGGCGACCUCUCCCUUCUCAAAGAGUUGCACGUGCACUGGAACCGACUGGAGGAGGUGCCACCGGAGGUGGGCAAGCUGACGGCGUUGCACACGCUCAAUCUGUACAUCAAUCGCCUCACCACGCUGCCUGACGAGCUCCAGAGCCUCACCGCCCUGGAGAACCUCGACAUUGCGCAUAACGCCUUCUCCACGCUGCCCGCUGUCAUCGCGCAGUUCUCGUCCCUCACAAAUCUCAAGCUGGUGGGAAACGAUUUCAAGUCGAUCGGCAACGAGCUGUCGCACGCGGUGUGCCUCCAGAAGCUCGACCUGCGCUGCAACUUCCUCACCACGCUCCCGCCCGAGAUCGGCAACCUCACCGCGCUGCGUCACCUGCUGCUCCGCAACAACUGUCUGACCUCGCUCCCCGCCGAACUCGGCAACCUCAGCGAGCUCCUCGAGCUCUCGCUCGGCAACAACAAACUCACGUGGGUGCCCCCCGAGAUCACCAGGCUGAGCAAUUUGAGGAAUCUCGACUUCUGGGAGAACCAAAUCUCUGAGCUGCCCGACCUGGGCGGGUUGGUAUCGCUUCAGGAGCUCGACGUGUCGUUCAACACGCUGCAGGCGCUGCCCGAGGGCCUGGAGACGCUGACCUCGCUGCGCCGGCUGUGGGCCAACAACAACGAGCUGACCUCGCUGCCCGCGUCCAUCCGCGGCCUCGUCGGGCUCUCGGAGCUGUCCGUCACCUCCAACAGGAUCACCGAACUGCCAAGCGAGAUUGCCCAGCUCUCCUGCCUCUCUCGCCUGUCCGCCUCCGCCAACUUCAUCUCGGAAUUGAACGUCGAUUUGAGCAACCUGCAGCACCUUUGGUGCCUGGAGCUCGGCCACAACAACCUCAUGGAGUUCCCCGUGUCCGUGUUCGAAGCGCCGGGCCUGCUCCAGCUCAACCUCUUCGGCAACGGGCUGUCUGUGGUGCCGGACGACAUCGGCCGUCUCACGAAACUGCAGCGCCUCUACCUCAGCUGCAACAAAAUCGAGCACCUGCCCGAGCAGAUGAAAGAGAUGGUGGCGCUGAAGGAUCUGUACAUCGGCAGCAAUUCCUUUACCGAGUUCCCGCCGGUCGUAUUCGAGCUCACCACCCUCCGGGAGCUGAGCUUGGCCAACAGCAACUUCUCCGUCGUGCCGCCACACAUCAGCAAGCUCGCUGGACUCGAGGUGCUGCACAUGAACGGCAAUGAGAUCAAGGAGCUGCCGGCUGAGAUCGGCGCCCUCAUCAACCUCAAGGAGCUCGACCUCUCCCACAACUGUCUCGCGGCGCUGCCGGCCGAGUUCACCGCGCUGCGACGACUGGCCGAGCUCGACAUCUCGCACAACGAGCUCACCAGCCUCCCCGUCGGCAUCAAGUCCUUCCAACAAAUCUGUCAGCUCAAGCUGGGCCACAAUCGGUUAGCCAAGAGCCACAUCCCGCACUUCGAGGACCCGAAUAUGUGGGUCUCCUCGGAGGGCAUGACGGUGGCCACCGGCGGCCACGCCCCGCGACGAGAGAAGCGACGGAACACCAAAUCCAAGAAGGACGACGACGAAUUCCUCGACGCCUCCAAGGGCAAGGAGAAGCAGGAUCCCGAUGACAAGAAGAAGAAAAAGGGGGACAAGAAGAAUGCGCCGGCAGCGCCGGAGGCGGCUUCCAGCAGCAGCGGCCGGUCGGCGCGAGUGCGGUGCGAGAUGGGUUGGGCGGAACUGCGCGGCAGGCGACCCGAACAGCAGGACACACUCUCCGUUGUACAGAAUUUCAGGGGAAGCGACAAGGAGCAUUUUGCAGGGCUGUUUGACGGGCACGGCGGAAAGAGGUCCGCCGAGAUCGCCGCGUCAUAUUUGAGCCGACACUGGGAGUCGACGAACGAUCCCAAGCAGGCGCUCAUCAACACCUUCAAGCAGGUGCACGGCGACAUUGAUGCGAAGCGAGUAGAUGACGGAACGGCGGCGCUGGUGGCAUGGGUGAGGGAUUCGACCCUCAUUGUCGCCAAUGCCGGCGACUCGCGCGCGGUGCUAGGGCGCGGCAGUGGCCGGGCGCUGGCCAUGUCCGAAGACCACAAACCGGAGAAUCCUGCCGAGAGCCAGUCCAUCCGCGACAAGGGCGGCUUCGUCACCGAAAACAGCCGGGUGUGCGGUAUCCUUGCGUUGUCGCGCGCUCUGGGCGACUGCGAGCUUCAGGAGUGCAUCACCUGGAUGCCCGAAGUCAGGACUGUGGAGUUGACGGAAGAGGACACGCUGUUGAUCCUCGCGUGCGACGGCGUGUGGGACGUGCUCUCCAACGAGCAGGCCGUGGCCAUCGCCGAGGCCCAACCGACCGCUGCGCGCGCUUCCAUCGCGCUGCGAGAUGCGGCGUACUGCAUGGGCUCGACAGACAACAUCUCGGUCGUUGUGCUCCGCUUCAACGAGAACAACACCACCCCACUUGACUGA